AUGCACGGGGCUCAGGGGCUGCUGUUCCUCCUGCUGCUGCUGGCUGUCUGCCUGGGAGCCCAGGGCCGGAACCAGGAGGAGCGGCUGCUGGCGGACUUGAUGCGCAGCUACAACCCCCACCUGCGGCCCGCCGAGCGUGACACGGACGUGGUCAAUGUCAGCCUGAAGCUCACCCUCACCAACCUCAUCUCCCUGAAUGAGCGUGAGGAGGCCCUCACCACCAAUGUUUGGAUAGAGAUGCAGUGGUGCGACUAUCGCCUUCGCUGGGACCCACAAGACUACGAGGGCCUGUGGGUGCUGAGGGUGCCGUCCACCAUGGUAUGGCGGCCGGACGUCGUGCUGGAGAACAACGUGGACGGCGUGUUCGAGGUGGCCCUCUACUGCAACGUGCUCGUGUCUCCCGAUGGCUGCGUCUACUGGCUGCCGCCCGCCAUCUUCCGCUCCUCCUGCCCCGUCUCCGUCACCUACUUCCCCUUCGACUGGCAGAACUGCUCCCUCAUCUUCCAGUCCCAGACCUACAGCACCAACGAGAUCAGCCUGCAGCUGAGCCAGGAGGACGGGCAGACCAUCGAGUGGAUUUUCAUCGACCCCGAGGCCUUCACAGAGAACGGGGAGUGGGCCAUCCGGCACCGGCCGGCCAAGAUGCUGCUGGACGCCGCAGCCCCGGCGGCGGAGGCUGGCCACCAGAAGGUGGCCUUCUACCUGCUCAUCCAGCGCAAGCCCCUCUUCUACGUCAUCAACAUCAUCGCGCCCUGCGUGCUCAUCUCCUCCGUCGCCAUCCUCAUCUACUUCCUUCCGGCCAAGGCGGGCGGCCAGAAGUGCACUGUCGCCAUCAACGUGCUCCUGGCCCAGACUGUCUUCCUCUUCCUCGUGGCGAAGAAGGUGCCCGAGACCUCCCAGGCUGUGCCCCUCAUCAGCAAGUACUUGACCUUCCUCCUGGUGGUGACCAUCCUCAUUGUCGUGAACGCUGUGGUCGUGCUCAACGUGUCCUUGCGGUCCCCCCACACACACUCCAUGGCCCGCGGGGUCCGCAAGGUGUUCCUGCGGCUGCUGCCCCAGCUGCUGCGGAUGCACGUGCGCCCGCCGGCGCCUGCGCUGGACUCCCGGCCCCGGCUGCAGAAUGGCUCCUCCUCGGGGUGGUCAGUGUCGGGCGGGGAAGAGGCGGCCCUCUGCCUGCCCCGCAGUGAGCUCCUCUUCCGGCAACAGCGGCGCAACGGGCUGGUGCGGGCAGCGCUGGAGAGACUAGAGAAAGGCCCGGAGCCAGGGCAGAGCCAGGACCUGUGCGGCAGCCUGAAGCAGGCCGCCCCGGCCAUCCGGGCCUGUGUGGACGCCUGCAACUUCGUCGCCCGCGCCCGACGCCAGCAGAGGCACUUUGCCAGUGGGAGCGAGGAGUGGCUCCUGGUGGGCCGCGUGCUGGACCGCGUCUGCUUCCUGGCCAUGCUCUCGCUCUUCGUCUGCGGCACCGCCGGCAUCUUCCUCAUGGCGCACUCCCACCGGGUGCCUGCUCUGCCAUUCCCUGGGGACCCUCGCCCCUACCUGCCCUCGCCCGACUGAGCCGGCCAACGGCUGUUAGCCGUGCAGAGUCUUGGCAGCUGCGUUCUUCCGCCGAGCUCUCGAGUGUGCUCUUUGGGAAGCAGCCUUCAGGGCCGUGGA